GCGCGCGAUAGAGAGAGAGAGAGACUCCCGUCCCUUCCCAUCAGAGAUGCCGCGGGCCGCCAUGAGCCAACCGUCAGCACCGCCGCCACCACCGGCCAAGGAGAACCGCAGGCCCCCGAGAAGGAAAUCCUCCGCUUGUCCCAACACUCCCGAGAACCCGAACGACAGCAACAACAACAACAGCAGCAGCCGCCGACCUACUUUGCGACGUGGAAGUUCCUUCACGUUUCUAACCCCUGGACCAUGGGAUUUUCCUUUGAAUCUUCUUUAAAGCUAUAAAAAGUAUAAGGAAGUAGAGAAUAUCUCCAAAUGAAAG